AUGCUCGAGCGAUUUUUCGAUCCCUCCACCAUGCAGCAACUCCCUUCGCCUCCGGUCAUGCCAGACAGCAUGGCGGCACCACACUCGCACGAACUGGACGCGCAACAGUAUCACAGUCACGACGACGAAGAAGAGGACGAGGAGCUCAGCAGCAUCUGCCGCAACGGCCACGCGUCGUUUGCCCAUACCCGCCACCAGCACGUUGCGUACCGUGGCCCACCUCCUCGCGGAGAUGAAUUCGAUCGCGAUGAGUAUGAUUCAGACGACGAGGACACGCUCGUUCUGUACGAGGACUUGCACCUCUUGGGCGUGUGCGACUGCCCGACCUGCAAUCCUCACCCGCCGAGCAUGGAGCCAGUGCCGGUAAAUUCGACCCAUGGGGACGGUCUCUUCUUGUUGAAAACGCGGUGGAUGGACGAGCGCACCGGUUGGAACUCGCGUCGAGGCCUCGCUCGAAGCGCCAAGCACGAUCACGAAUACGCGUACGAAGCCGAGGCGGCUCGAAUUCAACAGCAACAACAAGAGCAGCUGUAUCAUCAGCAGCAAGAGCAGCUGUAUCAUCAGCAGCAGCAGCAACAGCAACAGCAGCUGCAACAACAAUCUCAACAAAAACAACAACAACAGCAGCAGCAUCCACACCAGCACCAAUCUUCAGAUGCCGAUUCGAGGCACGAAUCCACGGAAUACUUUGACGAUGCAUCCUCCAAUCAGAACCAGAACCAGGCGGCCGCAGCAGAACCAGAACCAGACGGCGGGAGCAACGCAGCGGACGAGACUGCCCUGCGUUCAGUGGACGAAUUGCUGUUGUUCAUUGAAAAUGAUGCAGAGGCUACCGGUGGGUCUGCUUCAGCAACCGUCGGAACCGGAAACACCGCCUCAACCUCGAAGAAGAAGAAAGGGAACAAAUCCAAGGCUUCUGGCGCAUCCACUACUGCCGCCACCGCCUCGCCAGCCAUCGUGCCAGCCGUGGUAGUAGACACUACCAACAAUACGGUUGGUCACACGGAUCCAACAGACGAAGCCCUGAAUGCUGAGGGCAUGAGCGCCAAAGCUCUCAAGCGGCUCCGACAGAAGCAGCGCAAGGCAGAAGAAAAGCAAUUGGAAGAAAAUGCCCAAGCCCAGAUGGACGCGUCGGUUGCAUCAAGCCUCCAACCGGCCGAAGAAGAUGUGUGGCUGCGAACUGUUGAGUUGAUCGGCCCGACGUCGAGUAUUCCGGCUGCAACGCUCCGCGAAGCAGUCAUGGAUCAAGUGGUGAUUCGGCACACUCUCGAUCAAGACAAGUUUCGCCUUCUGCCCCCUUCACAACCUCGUGACAAGUACCGGUUGGUGUUUGCCACGCGAGACCAAGCCAAGAUCGCGGCAAACAAGCAGCGUAUUGUGCGCAUCGGAACGACGACGCUCAAGGUUGUUCUUGCAUCCAACGACUCGAAGGAAGAUUUGCCUGCGAGUGAUUCGUCAUCUCAACCGUCCCAAAUUCAAGAUCCGUCGCUGCCAGAUCCGUUUACCAUUGUUUCCGAUGGCUCUUCCGACGCCUACCCAACUGCAGAUGCCGAGAUCCCGCUCUUGGACUUGACUGACUUGGCCGGAGAGAGCAGCGACUUUGAGGACGACAUGCUCGACGACGAGGUGGAGCAAUUCAAGCUCUUCUGUAGCAGCCUCAGGUUCUCUGCCCCCAACACUGAGCGAACGAAAGUGUCGCUGGACAUGUCCAAGUUGAUGUUGCGAUUGUAG